AUGUCUGAUGUGCUGCUGGAGGUCAUGUGCUUGAACGCUAGCGGCGGGCUGUCGGAGUUCCCAGACCUGCGGCUCCUGAUCGCCUUCGCCAGCCUGCUGGUGCUGGCCAGCUGCGGGUGCCUGGGGGCGGCCGUCGUGACGGUGUGGGGCACGAGCUGCCCGCUGGGCCGACGCUCGAGGGCUGCUGAGCCGCGGGCAGAGGGCACGCCUCCCAUCCUCGACCAGGAGGCCGAGCUCGGAUCGCUAGCGCAGGAGCAGCUGAGCGUGAUCCGACAGCGGCGCAUGCAGGGCCUCGGGAUCGAGGCCGGAGACUUCGGUGCUGUUCAGUAUAAUGUGCCAGGAGCGCCCUUGUACCACGAGCGGCUGGUUCUCAUCGAACCCGGGGCUGGUACCACCGUGAGUGUGCUGACCCCAGACGGCGACAACUGCGAAGAGGAUUGGUUGCAGGGAGCCGACAUCAUCUGGUUCGGCCUGAUGGCUGGCGGCGCCUGUGGAGGUGGAGCUCCUCUCGGCGCUGGUGGGGCGGUGGUGCCCGUGUAUCGGUUCCACCACGUGCCGACGCCUGCGGCCUUCCAGGAGGAGGCUUGCCAGCCGCGGGAGCCGGAGUCGGAGCUCUGGCUGCGGCCCUGGGUCCUGCGCCUGUGGCCCCUGGAGCUGGCGCCCUCGCUGGCGCUGGAGGUGCUCUACCUGGAGCCAGGGCCGCUGUGGGCGUUGACGUGCCUGCUGCUGCUGGGCCACUUGUUGUGGGUCCUGGCGGUGUCCUCGUACCGGGAGGCGGUGGUUUUGGAGCUGCAGUUGCUGGAGGAGCAUCGGUGCCUACCGUGGAUGUGCGUAUCCAGCCUGUCGGUCACGAUGACCACAUUGUGGCUGUGUCGGUUCAUGGUGUCGAACGGCCAGACCCCUCUCGGCAGGCACGCUCGGUGGAAGGCAGACGCCAAGUUGCAGAACAACGAUGGCGCGGUCGAGAACCAUCUUAUGUGUUGCCAGAUGCUAGAGAGCUUGGCCACGUUCGAUCAACUGAACCUGCCCGACAUCGCUGGAGCGGAGAUCAUGGCCAGAUCCAUCCAGCUGUCCGAGGAGAGGUACCGAGACCGCAUGCCCGGUUUUGCGGGCAGCAGUGGCGAGACGACGCCGGAUGCCUUCCUGUACAUGGGUCUCGAUCAUGUUCGUGGGAACGUGGCCGUCUGCCCGGCGCUGCAGUCCUGGGCGUCGGCCGAACUCCAGAAGGAGGUGCCCAUCAUGAAGGAGAGGAUCUCGAGCCAAACGAUCCCGGCUGUGACGACGGCGACCUACAUACUGGCGGCGGCGACGGCAUACUACCUGGUCAGGGAGUUACCGACGGCGACGACGUACGUUACGAUGGCUGUGAAGGCAGGGAAGCUGAAGAGGGAGAGGUCCACUCGAGCUCAGCAGGCCGCCGCGAAGGUGGUGGCCACUGUCGCUUUCCCGUGGAUGAGCGUGCUGAAGAAGAUUGCGGUCAAGCCCGGCACCGUGGCAUUGUACCAGAGGACCCUUCGACUCUUCUUGGAGCACUGCCAGAGACGGGGCCUAACAUGGGCCUGUCACGACGAGCUGGACACCAUCGCAGUGGGUUACCUGAAUGCGAUGUACCUGGAGGGCCACGGGGCCGACGAGGCGAGCCGGCUGUUGGCCGCGCAGGGCUGCGUCUUCCCGGAGCUCUACAAGAGGGCCCGUUUAGCUUUGCCGCGCUCGACACGGUGCGCCGUCAGCUGGCAGGAGAUUGCGAUGCUCCGCAUAACGCUCAUCGGCGCGUGCAGGAGUGGCAAGACGACCAUGGCGAACGUGUUCGUCAACAACAUCUACUACGGCAACUACGAGCAGACGAACGAGCUGACGCUGUACUACAGGUAUAUCCACAGGCGGAGCGCGGGGUCCGGUCCAGACACCGCCGUGCUGCUCGAGAUCGAGGACACUUACGGGUGCGACAGGCCGCGGAGCGCGGAGCACGACUUGCACGUCAAGGACUCGAUCUACAACCCCUGGUACCCGCGACAGGAUGGCGAGCUGCAGGAAACCAUGCGGCAACGGAAGGACACGGCGAAACUGGAACGCGCGGAGGCAGAGAAGCAUGGCCGCGAGGCGCCCGACCGGGUCCACCGGCACUUCGAGGCUCCGUUCGGGCUCUGCGAACUCGGCGUCUCCGGGCAGGGGUACUCCCCCCUGACGAAGAACAGGAUGGCCUACAUGUUCGUAUUCGACUGCAACUCCCAGCACUCCCUGGACGAGGCGCAGAAGGAGUACUCCGAGCAGCAGACGUACCGCGAACGCAAGCGGAUCGGCAUCCCGAGCCUGUCGUUUGCCGUCGGCACACAGACCGACAGGGAGACGCAGGAACAGAAGCAUGUCAAAGAACAGGCGGUAAAGUGGGCGCGGGAGAGGGGCAUCGCCGUCUUCUUCCUCUCCGCUGCCAAGAGGGAGAAUGUCGAUGAGGUCUUCGAGACCGUGUGCGAACACGUGCACAGCACGACCGCGCUGUGGGUGUUCCAGCAGAUCGCGGAACAGGGUGAUGAUGAUGCAGCUUCCUCGAAGCAGGGCCAGGACAAGUGUUGUAUACACUGA